GCGAUUAAAUCUUCAGCGAUGUCUUUCAUUUUCGAAUGGAUCUACAACGGCUUCAGCAGCGUGCUGCAGUUUCUCGGUUUGUACAAGAAGUCUGGAAAACUUGUGUUCCUGGGUUUGGAUAACGCAGGCAAAACCACUCUGCUGCACAUGCUGAAAGACGACAGGCUGGGUCAGCACGUCCCGACACUACAUCCCACAUCAGAGGAGCUGACGAUUGCUGGAAUGACCUUUACGACUUUUGAUCUGGGUGGACAUGAACAAGCUCGCCGGGUCUGGAAGAACUACCUGCCGGCCAUCAACGGGAUCGUCUUCCUGGUAGACUGCGCAGAUCACUCGCGUCUUAUGGAAUCCAAAGUUGAGCUUAAUGCGCUAAUGACAGAUGAAACAAUAUCCAACGUGCCAAUCCUUAUCCUGGGUAACAAAAUCGACAGACCGGAGGCCAUCAGUGAGGAGAAACUGCGGGAGAUCUUUGGGCUCUACGGACAGACCACGGGAAAGGGAAACGUGCCGCUGAAAGACCUGAACGCGCGUCCCAUGGAGGUGUUCAUGUGCAGCGUGCUGAAGAGGCAAGGCUACGGCGAAGGCUUCCGUUGGCUAUCGCAGUACAUUGACUGAUAACUUGGACAUAAAAUUUGAGUUUUACUCCGCUGGACUGAUCCUGUUCACAGCUUCCUAUGGACUUUUCUAUUAGAACACGGAAGGCUUUCCAACCGCAUACUGGCAUUGAACCAAGAGACUCCUGGUUUUCGGCUGCCCUAUCGCACAGUGGUGACACAACUCUUUUCCACGCGACGGGGAGACGGCACCGCUUCCGCACACGGGCGCAAGUUGUGCCUUUCAGUUGGGUUACGGCGGGGCUGGUGUGAUCGGGGAAGAAAAAAAAUCUGCAACGCUGCACUGUAACGGCUGAAAAAGAGAACACGUCUCACCACUGUGGUUAAUUGACUUAAAAAAAGGAAAAAGCAAUUCUAUUUUUUAAAGAAAGUGUUAAUGUAAACGGGCGUCCCUUCUAACUUUUUAGUUUAACGUUCAUCUUGUUUAGUCCGGAGUCUGGUUAGGGUUUUUUAAAAAUAUAUUUAACGAUAUUUAGGUAUUUCACAAAUUGCUGAACCAAGGUAUCACGAUAUUAG